AUGGUUGUUGACACGGGAUAUUACGACAUCCUGGGUGUCGCGCCCACUGCGACGGAACUCGAGAUCAAGAAGGCAUACCGGAAGAUGGCCAUCGUCCACCACCCGGACAAGAACCCCAACGAUCCCUCCGCCCAUGCCAAGUUCCAGGAGAUCGGCGAAGCCUACCAAGUCCUCUCCGACACGGACCUGCGCAAGGCCUACGACAAGUUCGGCAAGGAGUCGGCGCGCCCGAGCGAGGGAUUCGUCGACCCGGCCGAGUUCUUCACCAGCAUCUUCGGCGGCGAGGCCUUUGUCGACUGGAUCGGCGAGAUCAGCCUCAUGAAGGACCUGACCGCCACCAUGGAUAUCACCAUGGCCGCCACCGAGGGUGUCGAGGGCAGCGCUGAGAGCAGCGCCGAGGACGCCGCCGCCGCCGCCGGCACCGGCACCGCCUCCGGGGGGGAGUUCCCCGACACCGACGAGGCCAUCAAGGAGAGCCUGAAGACGGCCGGCGGCGCCGCGCCGCCGCCGCCGAAGGUGGUCGUGGAGGACGAGAAAUCCGACGCCCCCGACGGCGUGCCGGAUGCCACAGCCACAACCCCGGUGACAGGAGCAGCAGCAGCAGCAGCUCCACCACCGCUGCCGCCGCGGACGCCCUCGCCCUCGGCCACGGGCCCGACUGUUCCCCCCAGGUCCGGCGCGACGACCCCGCAGGGAGGCAACGGCCGGCACGCGAUACCCCUGCGACCGGCGCUUAUGGAGCGGGCAUCGGACGACGGCGAGGGCAGCAGCGGCGGGGAGGUGCGGCGGGGCAAGGACAAGGACAAGGACAAGGACAAGAAGGCCAAGGCGGCGCUGUCCAAGGAGCAGCGGGAGCAGCUGGCGGCGUACGAGCGGGAGCGGGCGCGGGUGCGGCAGGAGCGGGUGGACACGCUCGCGCGCAAGCUGCUGGACCGGGUCAGCGUGUGGACCGAGACGGACAAGGGCGGCGACGUGACGCACGCGUUCCGCGAGAAGACGCGGCUCGAGGUCGAGGACCUCAAGAUGGAGAGCUUCGGGCUCGACAUCCUGCACGCCAUCGGCGCCACCUACGUCAGCAAGGCGACGGCGCUGCUGCGGAGCCAGAAGUUCUUCGGCAUGGGCGGCUUCUUCAGCCGGGUCAAGGACAAGGGGUCGCUGGUCAAGGACACGUGGAAUACUAUUAGUAGCGCCAUCGAGGCGCAGGCCAGCAUGGAGGAGAUGGCGAGGAUGGAGGAGCAGGGCGGCGACGAGUGGACCGACGAGAAGAAGAUGGAGUACGAGAGGAGGGUCACUGGCAAGAUCCUCACCGCCGCCUGGAGGGGCAGCAGGUUUGAGAUUCAGAGCGUGCUCAGGGAUGUGUGCGACGCCAUCCUCUACGACAAGAAGGUCCCGCUAGCCAAGAGGCUGGAGCGAGCACACGCGCUGGUCCUGAUAGGGGAUAUAUGCUCAAAGGCACAACGCACUCCAGAAGAAGAGGGUGACUACAUGGCCUUCGAGCAGCUGGUCGCCGAGGCGGCCAUCAAGAAGGAGAAGGAGUCGAAGCGCAAGGGCAAGGAGAAGAAGGACAAGGCCCACCACUACCACCACCACGGCGGUGGCGGCGGCAGCAGCGUCAGCGACAAGGCUGAGAAGGCGUCCUCCCCAACCCCAUCCGCCGCCGCCGCCGACGCGCCCAACGUCCCCAAGUCGUCGUAG